UCACCCCCCCUUCUCCCCAAAUUCUCUCUCUCUCUCUCUCUCUCUCUCUCUCUCUAGAUUUCACCAAAAAUUUCACUCGUCUGCUAAAAAGCCAAUUUACGCGCUGCUCGACUGCAGAAAUGGCGACAGCAGACGAAGUUUCAGCACUCGAGCUCAUCAGGCUCCACCUACUCGACGAGUUCUCUCCUUUUGGGAACAGUUUGUUCUCAGACCUAACCGACAUUUCCACUUCUGAUCAAUCUGAUUCUCUCUCUUCACAAACGUCGAGUAACUACGACUCUCCCUUUUUAAACCCCGACUACCUAAACCUAACCGAAGUUAACAACACUGAUUUCUUCUUCAAUUCCAUCCCUAACCCGAUCGUGUUCGGGCAAAAUCGAACCGAAUUCUUCGAGUUCGAAACCAGGACUCAAGGUGUCGAUCUCGCUACGGUUGAACCGGUGAUUUCGAGCAGCAAAUCGAACCGGAGGCCGUCUCUGAAGCUAGAUCUGCCACCGGUGAAGAAGUUCGAGUUGCUGGAGUUCGGCAAGCCGGAGAAACCGAUUUUCGCGGAGAGAACAUCGAAUGCGGCGGCGGCGGGGGAGGAGAAGCACUACAGGGGAGUGCGGCGGAGGCCGUGGGGGAAGUUCGCGGCGGAGAUCCGGGACCCAAAGCGCCGCGGGUCUAGGGUUUGGCUGGGGACUUACGACUCCGCCAGGGAGGCGGCCAAGGCCUACGACAGGGCCGCCUUCAAGAUGCGCGGGAGUAAGGCGAUACUCAACUUCCCUCUCGAAGCGGGGAAAUGGCGGGAGGUGCAGGCGACGAAGGCCGUCGCCGCCGUGGACGGCGGGAGGAAGAGGGAGAGAGGAGUUGAGGAAGAGAAGGCGGCGAAGAAGGAGAAGGUGUCGUCGUCGGAAUGCGAUGCUUAUGAGAUUAGUAGUACUAAUAGUCCCCUGACGCCGUCAAGUUGGACGGCCGUGUGGGAUCAAAACGGGAACGGAGGUGGUAUCUUUAACGUGCCGCUGUUAUCGCCGUUGUCUUCCUACGCAAUGUUGGGAUUUUCAGAAGUCGUGGUCAUAUGAGAGAAGAAUUCUGGAAGGGGUCAGUCAUAUGAGUCGUAGUUGUUUAUAGUUUAAUUUUUGGAAAAUGAACAAAGUGCAUAUAAGAUGAUGAAAUAAAAAGUUUGUAAAGUGAAGAAAAAAAUAAAUACUAAGUUACCGUAGGACGUACAAUAGGACCAUGUGCAAUCUAUCCGAGCGUUGGAGGCGUGUGUAAAAGUUGUAACGGUAAGAACAAUUUGUGAAUUUUGUAAAAAUUCCGAGUGUCGGAGGUGUGUGUAAAAGUUGUGAUGGUAAGAACAAUCUGUUAAUUUUGUAAAAAUGACAGACUUUCAUAUAAAUUUCAGCAAUGUAAUUAAUUCAUUAAUUAUUUUA